ACGUUCGAGUGGGGAUUAGGAGCAGGAAGCCUGCCUUGCUGGAGCUGUGUGGUCUUCUCCAAAAGAGAGUUGCAGGCAAGAGCGCGCUCCUUUGCUUUGGGGAGAAGAGGAGAAAUUCAUUUUCAGCAGCCACAAGAAAAGCAGUUGUUUCAGGUGCUGACAGCCACCCACCAUCAUCUGAAGGCGACUGCCAAAUGACAUGCAGGAUCUCCCAAACAGAAUAAUUGCAGAAAAUCUUCCAAGGACCACAUCUGCAGAUGUUCUGAGUACCUCUGAGCAUAGAAAUUGAUUAUUCAACGAGGAUACUAAUUCAAGACCUGCAGAGACCAGGAGCCUAAGCCAUUCCGUCAGUUUUGCAACAUUGGAUCCAACACAAUGAAGUAUUCUGGCUGUGCUCUGGUUUUGGCUGUCCUGGGCACAGAGCUUCUUGGGAGCCUCUGUUCAACAGUCAGGUCCCCGAGAUUCAGAGGACGGAUCCAGCAGGAACGGAAAAACAUCAGACCCAACAUUAUUCUUGUACUCACUGACGAUCAAGAUGUGGAAUUGGGGUCCCUGCAAGUUAUGAACAAAACCAGAAGGAUCAUGGAGCAUGGGGGUGCCACCUUCCCCAAUGCCUUUGUGACCACACCCAUGUGCUGCCCCUCCCGGUCCUCCAUGCUCACCGGCAAGUACGUGCACAACCACAACGUCUACACCAACAACGAGAACUGCUCCUCGCCCUCCUGGCAGGCAAUGCAUGAACCUCGGACUUUUGCUGUGUAUCUUAACAACACCGGCUACAGAACAGCCUUUUUUGGAAAAUACCUCAAUGAAUAUAAUGGCAGCUACAUCCCUCCUGGGUGGCGAGAAUGGCUUGGAUUAAUCAAGAAUUCUCGUUUCUAUAAUUACACUGUUUGUCACAAUGGCAUCAAAGAAAAGCAUGGAUUUGAUUAUGCGAAGGACUACUUCACAGACUUAAUCACUAACGAGAGCAUUAAUUACUUCAAAAUGUCUAAGAGAAUGUAUCCCCAUAGGCCCAUUAUGAUGGUGAUCAGCCACGCUGCGCCCCACGGCCCUGAGGACUCAGCUCCACAGUUUUCAAAACUGUAUCCCAAUGCUUCCCAACACAUAACUCCUAGUUAUAACUAUGCACCAAAUAUGGAUAAACACUGGAUCAUGCAGUACACGGGACCCAUGUUGCCCAUCCACAUGGAAUUCACAAAUGUUCUACACCGCAAAAGACUCCAAACUUUAAUGUCGGUGGAUGAUUCUGUGGAAAGGCUGUAUAACAUGCUUGUGGAAACAGGGGAGCUGGAGAACACAUACAUCAUCUACACUGCGGACCACGGCUACCAUAUCGGGCAGUUCGGUCUGGUCAAGGGGAAGUCCAUGCCAUACGACUUUGAUAUCCGUGUGCCUUUCUUCAUUCGUGGGCCAAGUGUAGAACCCGGAUCAAUAGUUCCACAGAUUGUUCUCAACAUCGACCUGGCUCCAACCAUCCUGGAUAUCGCCGGACUCGACACACCUGCCGAUGUGGAUGGCAAAUCGGUCCUCAAACUUCUAGACCUGGAAAAGCCAGGUAACAGAUUUCGAACAAACAAGAAGGCCAAAAUUUGGCGUGAUACAUUCCUCGUGGAAAGAGGGAAGUUUCUGCGUAAAAAGGAAGAAGCCAACAAGAAUGUCCAACAGUCAAAUCACUUGCCCAAAUACGAAAGAGUCAAAGAACUGUGCCAGCAGGCCAGGUACCAGACGGCCUGUGAACAACCUGGGCAGAAGUGGCAGUGCAUUGAAGACACGUCAGGCAAACUUCGGAUUCACAAGUGUAAAGGCUCUACCGACCUGCUCACAGCCCGACAGAGCACACGAAACCUCUACUCCCGCGGCUUCCAUGACAAGGACAAAGAGUGCCACUGUGGAGAGGCCAGCUACCGAGCCAGCAGAAGCCAGAGGAAAAGUCAGCGGCAGUUCCUCAGAAACCAGGGAGCGCCAAAAUACAAGCCCCGAUUUGUCCACACCCGGCAGACCCGUUCCCUGUCUGUGGAAUUUGAAGGUGAAAUAUACGACAUCAACCUGGAAGAGGAGGAGUUGCAAGUGCUGCAGCCCAGGAGCAUUGCCAAGCGCCAUGACAGGGGCGCCGGGGGGCGCCCAGAUACCAGCGGUGGCAACAGGGACAUGAUGCUGGCAGACAGCAACGCCGUGGGCCUGCCCUCCACUGUCCGAGUGACACACAAGUGCUUCAUUCUUCCAAAUGAUACAAUCCAUUGUGAGAGAGAACUGUAUCAGUCAGCCCGAGCCUGGAAAGACCACAAGGCAUACAUCGAUAAAGAGAUUGAAGCUCUGCAAGAUAAGAUUAAGAAUUUAAGAGAAGUGAGAGGACACCUGAAGAGGAGGAAGCCUGAGGAAUGCAGCUGCAGUAAGCAGAGUUAUUACAACAAAGAGAAAGGUGCGAAGAAGCAAGAAAAAUUAAAAAGCCAUCUUCACCCAUUCAAGGAGGCCGCUCAAGAAGUAGACAGCAAACUUCAGCUUUUCAAGGAGAACCGGAGGCGGAAGAAAGAGCGGAAGGAAAAGAAGCGGCAGAGGAAGGGAGAGGAAUGCAGCCUCCCAGGGCUCACCUGCUUCACACACGACAACAACCACUGGCAGACGGCCCCCUUCUGGAACCUGGGAUCUUUCUGUGCUUGCACGAGUUCUAACAAUAACACCUACUGGUGUUUGCGUACAGUUAAUGAGACACAUAAUUUUCUUUUCUGUGAGUUUGCCACUGGCUUCUUGGAGUAUUUUGAUAUGAAUACAGAUCCUUAUCAACUCACAAAUACAGUGCACACUGUAGAACGAGGCAUUUUGAAUCAGCUACACCUGCAACUGAUGGAGCUGAGAAGCUGCCAAGGAUAUAAGCAGUGCAACCCAAGACCAAAAGGCCUUGAAGUUGAGGACAGUUAUGGGAUGGAUGGGAAGGUUAAUCUGCCUGAUCUCACAGCAGAUGUCAACUGGCAAGGCCUGGAGGAUUUAUACAGUGUAAAUGAAAGUGUCUAUGCGUACAGACAAGACUAUAGACUUAGUCUGGGUGACUGGACUAAUUACUUGAAGGAUGUAGAUAGAGUAUUUGCACUGCUGACCAGUCACGAUGAGCAAAGGAAAGCUAAUGAGAGUGAGGGGUUCCUGGCUGAACCUCCCAAGGUCCCAGUGCCAGGAGAGUUGGCCUCCCCUGAGUCAGAUGAAGAAGACCUGAUGCAUCUGGUUAGGAAAGCACCCCAUUCGUCUUGGCCAACUGACCUGCAAACCCUGCAUUUGAACAAACCAACAUUCAGUCCAGACAGCACACUUGAAUGGAACAAUGACAUUCCAGAAGUCAGUCGCCUGAAUUCUGAACACUGGAGAAAUCACAAAACUGAACAAUGGAUGGAGCAGAAAGAGAUGAAUCAUCUGGAAACCGAUUUUAGUGGCAAUGGCCUGAUGGAGCCCGUGCUCCCACCUGGCCCGAGACUGCAGCCCCUGAGCAGGCACCGAAAAGAAUACACCCAGCAUGGUGGUUUAGAAGAACAGGCUUUCCAAGAUCAGCUGCAUCUUCCUGUGUAUUCUGGGGUUGAGUCUAUUCAUCCUGUGACCGAAGCGCCCAUCAGGAAGCAGCCCAGUAACUCCAGCAGUGUGAAGCAGAUGAUGAGUGAGGUGGGAGGGAAUCGCACGGCAGAGGGCUUCCUGGGUGCCGAAGGCAGCGCCUCUCUCCCAUUCGCCUCCGAUUAGAUGGCAUUGUCACCCUAUCUUGCACACAGUAUUUUUUUAAACUUCUGAUUAAUAAACCAAUAGAACGAAUCAUGACAACCAACAUUCCAGGCUACCCUAGUUACCUGUGUAGAGUAGAACGUGUGCAUGGGAAUAGCACGCACACGAGACUCGGUGUUGUAGCUCACUGUUGGUCAAGAGUAGAAAAAGAGGUCAAUUUGUACUUGUUUCUUUGUUGGGGAUAGGGGGGGCAUACUAAAAACAGUAUUAUCUUUCAGAGGUUCUAGGGCGAUGCAUAUAAAAAAGUUAUCCAGUCCCGAUGGCUAGCUUUAUGCCUUUAAGGAGUGUCUGAAAUUUGACGUCUAAGUCUUUCUCUACCCUUUCCACUGCCUGAGAAAUGUGGUUUUGAUUUCAACCACCGGAAUUUCUCAGUGGCAUCAUUUGGGGGUCAAAGUUUUUGCUCUUUGAGACCAGAAUGCCAUUUCUAUUUGAUUAAUCUUUUUUUAAAGGAAGGAAGAAAGAAAGAAAGAAAGAAAGAAAGAAAGAAAGAAAGAAAGAAAGAAAGAAAUCAGAUUUGUCAGUCUCACUGAUUGCUAUCAGUGUGACAGAGUUAAAGAGACCCCCACGAAUGACACACAGUAUGAAUCCCCAUAUUGUUAAAUGUAAAACUUUUUGCCAGAAAAUAGUGCAUGUGUUUUACCUUGACUUGCUAAAAUCAAUUAGCAGAAAGGCCUGGCUAAAGGUGUUGGCAGUACAAAUAAAUGAAAAACAAAGAUUGCCUGCUUUCUCUGUCCUGACCUCAAAAUGUUCAUCAUAUACUUAAGAUUGAUCAUUUUUUUUAUUAUUUUCUUAACAGGAUAGAAGGACUGAAGCUCUUUUAUAAUCUUUGUUUUGCUUUCUUAACCUGGCUCAUAAGCUUAAGUGUUGAGAAGAUAAGUUUAGUUUAGAAUUUAUAGAAUGAAAUUUUUUCAAUAAAACAAACUCAUAAUGUUUCAUAACAAACACACUGUAUGUGUUAAAAGAUUAUUUUAAGGCCUUCACCAAGUGCUGGUUUUUUAAAGGCAUGAUUUAAAACAGCUUUGAAAAUCUGUUUUCUUGAAAAUGUAUUUGUUAUGUAUUAGGUGUUUCAAUACCAGCAAAAGGAUUACCUCACUGAGUGUUAUCAGUAGCCUAAUCAACUUCCCAAGAAGGUUAUAUUUUUUUUUAGCUUAACCACAAUUUUUUUUUAUUUUUAGAUAAAUCAAAUACAUAGGUAAAUUAUGUUGUUUUCUUUAAGUGUUUAUGGUAAACUCUUUUAAAGAAAAUUUGAUAUUACAGUUGAAUCUUUGAUAACUUUAAGUCUAUCAUAGACUGUACAUAUGUUGAAAUUAACUAGUUCUAUAUCAGAUGUGUGUGUCACCAAUUGAAUGGCAGAAGAAACAUAUUUAUGGUCAUGAAUGGUGUACUUUGUAAAAAGGUCUCAAGUUACUGGGAAGCAUACCUUUUUUUAAUCUUGUGUAAUAAUCUGUGAUACUUUUAUAGAACAAUUCUGGCUUCAGGAAAGUCUAGAAGCAAUAUUUCUUGAAAUAAAGAUGUUUAAACUUUA